UGGCAGGAGGUCAUCCGUGGUAAUAUCAAAAGUGAAAACUAUUCCAAAUUUAGGCAGAAAACUAACUGUAGAGCAAGAAACUCCUGUACGAAUAGUAGUUUUCUUCCCUAUCGUGAAGUGUUUGGAAAUCUCUUGUCUUGAUUGGUAAGACUGAACACAUUGCUUUGUCACUUAUUCAUAGAAGAAACCCACCAAAUUUGGGAGAGCAAAAGAAAAUUGUUCAUCUCAGUUUAUUUCACUUACCGGAAAUGUAUUUGCAGAACUAUGAAACUCCCUUAGCAGAACAUCAUUUUUGGUCUCUCUGUUUUUAAUAUGUGCAAUGGCUGGAGAUAUAAUCUAUGCGGAUAUUAAAACUGAUGGGGCUUUUUCUCUAGGAAAUUCAUCUUCGCUUCAGAAAUCUGAUACUCACCAUCAUGGAAUUUUCUUGAAAGUUGGAUGUGCAAUUAUCAUCAUCCUUCUUGUAAUAGUAAUUGUGUUGAGCAUUUUGGUUUCCCAGUUCAAAUCUGCAAGACAUAAUACAAUGGAUGAUGAAUCAAAAGGGAAAUUCUGUGCCGGGGAAAAUAAAUCUGGAACAAUCGCCUCAAAAGUUUCUUUCAACUCUUCUACUGCUCAUAAAUCAUGCCCUUCGAAAGACUGGAGGCUACACGGGGGGAAAUGUUACUGGGUUGCUGAAGCUAAUAAAUCUUGGCAUGAAAGUAAAAAUGACUGUGCCAUGAAAAAUUCACAUCUCAUGGUGAUUCGAGACUUCAUCGAUAUGAGUUUCCUAUGGAAGCACCUAAAUACUGGAGUGUUUUACUGGAUUGGCUUGACUAUUCCACCUGGAGGGGAAUCAUGGACCUGGGUAGACAACAACCCUUUUGACUCCCAUCUGUUUUCACUAGAAGAAAAAUGGCGGACCCGGAGCAUGAAAUGUGCCCAGGUGUCUCAAAUUAAGAUAGCUGAACAAAAAUGUGGGAAAAUUAAUCCGUGGAUUUGUCAACUGUAACCCACACCGCAGGAAAUCUGUCUCCAUUUCUCUGACGGAAAGACACCACAUGAAGUUUGAACUCAGAAUAUAUCAAAGUCCAGAGGGCCACGUGUGUCCCAGAGGGUGUGUGUGUGUGUGUGUGUGUGUGUGUAUGUGUGUGUGUGUGUGUUCAUUCGGGUGGGUAUAGUACUAUUUCUCAGAGAUUUAGGAAGGCUAAUAGAGAAAAUGAAAUGUUGUAGAAGCUGAGAAGAUAGAAUGAAUGUAUUUUUUCGUCUGAAUUAUCAGUUAUUCAAUCCCCAUUUUCAUUUUGCAUGUGGUUUCGAAACUUCGGUCUUUAUUUUCUCCACAGUUUCCCUCUAUAAUAUCCUUACCUAAUUACAUUUUUAUGAAGAAAUUCAUAUCAAAAUCAAAUUUACAUCUCUAGCCCAGACUUUUCCCGGAUCACCAGAUCCAUAUACGGUAGUGCUUAUAUAACAUAUCAAGUUGGGGCACCUGGCUGUCAGUUGGUUGACCAUCUGACUCUUGAUUUAAGUUCAGGCCAUUACCUCAUGCUCAUGAGAUUGAGCCCCAAAUCAGGCUCUGCACUAGGUGUGGGGUCUGCUUAAGAUUCUCUCUCUCCUUCUCCUGCCCCUCCCCUGCUUACGAGCAAGUGUGCAUACACUGUCUCUACUAUAUCAAAGAAAGUUAAUAAAUGACAUUUAACAUAUGAAAUCUGAAAUCUCAAAGGCAUCUCAAACUCAAUAUAUAAAAAUAGUUCAAUCAUGGGGUGCCUGGGUGGCUCAGUCGGUUAAGCGUCUGACUUCGGCUCAGGUCACGAUCUCACGGUCCGUGAGUUCGAGCCCCUCGUCGGGCUCUGUGCUGACGGCUUGGAGCCUGGAACCUGUUUUGGAUUCUGUGUCUCCCUCUCUCCCUGACCCUCCCCCAUUCAUGCUCUGUCUCUGUCUCAAAAAUAAAUAAACAUUUAAAAAAAUUCUUUAAAAAAAA